AUUAAUUGUUAUUUUAUUGUAUUUAUAUCGUAAGAUUAGUUAUUAGAAGUUCAAUAUUAAACUAUUACAUAUAACAGCGACAUGGACUUGUUGAAGCUAUUUUUAAAUGACAAAACAUUUAAAAACACAUGUUUUCUGUGUUUUAAGAAUAAUGAGAAUUAUGUCUCUAUAUAUCAAGAUUUUAAUGUAUACGAUGAAUGUACCAAUUGGAACAUUUCCCUCCAAAAUAUGAUCAAAUAUUUGCUACCAUUACAAGACAUCAUAUUCCAUCAAGCUUGUGAUAUCUGCACACAUUUGAUAAUUAAAAUGUAUAUCAUUUUGAGGAAAUAUAAUAAAAAAUUAGAAAAAUACAACUUAAUCAUAGAGAAACUGAUCAGUCAAGUUGACAAAACAUCAUUACUCCAUUUAAAAGAAACUGGUAAAAUGUAUUUCAAUCUUGAAGAAUCAGAAAACAACAGUUUAGAAUAUAUAAAUGAUCAUAUUGUAACAGAAGAAGAGGUAGAUACCACAAAAGAACUCAAAACAUGUGAAGAAUGCAAUAUGAGCUUUAAAGGUGUGGAAUUAUUCCAUGAACAUAAAAUUCUAACUCAUAGAAAUACUAAUAAAUCUUUGGUGUGUGAAAUUUGUGGUAAAAAUUAUAAGACACCACAAUCGUUGAAGGAUCAUCUCAAUAGUCACACAGAGAAACAGUGUCCGAACUGUAAUAAAGUUCUCAAAGCCUCGUAUUAUAAAGAACAUAUACGUAAACAUGAAAUCAAGGAACGUAAAAAACGGAAGAGGCUUCUCUACAAUUGUAAUGAUUGCCAUUACAAAAGCGUCAACAAAUGCUCACUGAAUGCACAUAUUAAUAAAACACAUUUACAUGUACGUCCAUUUGUAUGCGAUAUAUGCUUCAAAGGGUUUCACAAGAAGAGCACCUUGAUAGAACAUGUUAAGAUACAUGAGAAACGUAAGGAUUUGAGGUGCGAAAUAUGUGGAGAGGGUUAUGUAUGUAUGAAAACAUUGACAGAACAUUUAAGGUUGCAUUCUGGUGAUAGACCAUACAAAUGUGAUAUGUGCAAUGCGAGCUUCGCAUCGUCUGGCCGUAGAACAGAACAUGUGCAACGUAAACACAUGGAGAAGACGAAGCCAUGUUUGAUUUGCGACAAAAAGUUUAGUUUAAAGAAAGAAGUGAAACGCCAUAUGAAAGUAGUCCAUAAAAAUAUUGAUCCAACAAAUUCUCAAUUAUUAGAUUUAAGUUCACCAACUCCUGAAAUUACUCAUAUUGAUACAAUAAUGUAGAAAAUUAA